UACUACUUCUUUGUUUUCUGUGUCUCAAAUUUUUUAAUUUACGAAUUUUAUACCAUGAUUUUGUUUCUCGAUCUUUAUAAUGGCUGAACAUAAAAUAGCUUCUACUUUGUUAGUGGGCAACGAUAAUAUCGACUUCGUUUUAUUUCAAUUUGCAAUCGACAGAGCAAAAAUGGGACAAAGAGUCUGGGUAAUUGCCAUUAAACCAUUCAAUGAAGUACCUGAGGGUAUUGAGCAGCCUUGCAAAGAUGUUUUAAAACUUAUUACAUUCAUAUAUCUAAGUGACUUUGUAGAGCUAAUGCAGCAUUUUAACAGCAUACACAAGUGGAAACAUACCCCUAACGUUAUUAUUCUUAAAGAUUUUGUGCAUUAUUGUAAUUUGUAUGACACUAAAUAUGAUUUGAGGCUUGCUGCAUUUUUGUCCGCCUCUCUUAUAGACUGUUUAAAUUUCUUGGCACAAAAGCAUGGUCCUAAUGUGCUUUUGCUGGUUUCUUGUAAACAGGAAGAAAAUAAUGUGAUACUAUUAAGGAACAGAUUGAAGGUGAUACUUGACAUGUAUUUUGAUGGCAUUAUCGAUGGAACUGGUUUAAAAAGUGUAGAUAUAUUGCAAAAAAUUAAAACAAUAUGCCAGUAAUUCUAGUUACUUUUUCACUUCUUCUGCCCCUGUCUAAAAUUAUAGAAAACCUAGUUAAGGUUAGAGUUCUUAGUUUUUUUAAAAGGCACUGUGUGCUGAAUUGGAAUCAGUUUGGCUUUCGGGAACACGUGGGGAUAGAUGAUGCCCUUUUUUAAUUUUUUUAUACAUGUGUUUAAAUAGGGGUGAAGUUUCUGGAGUGGUGUUUUGCGAUUUGACGGAUGCUUUUGAUUCGGUCAGCUAUGAAAUACUACAAAAACUGGAAAUAUAUGAAUUUAGGGAUGUAUCUCUGAA